CUACCGACGCAGCUGUAGUAACUCACAAACAACACAGACAGGCGUAAGCGACGGGGUUUGGAGAAGCGCAAGACAUUUCUCCUGUGAUACUGCCGCACAAAACAGUUACGCUGGAAUUUUCGGAGACCGACUCAGACAUGUCAUAUGUCUUCAUCAAUGACUCGUCGCAGACCAGCGUACCGUUACUGCAGUCUUGUAUCGACGGGGACCUGAGUUUCGCUAGGCGUCUGCUGGAGGCCGGCUGCGACCCCAACAUCCGUGACCACAGGGGCCGCACGGGCCUGCAUCUGGCAGCGGCGCGGGGGAAUGUGGACAUCUGCCGCUUUCUGCACAAGUUUGGCGCAGAUCUGCUGGCCACCGACUAUCAGGGCAACACGGCACUGCACCUGUGUGGACACGUGGACACCAUUCAGUUCCUGGUGUCCAAUGGUCUCAAAAUAGAUAUUUGUAACCACAAUGGCUCGACACCACUGGUGCUGGCAAAGAGGAGAGGGGUCAAUAAAGAUGCCAUUCGGUUGCUGGAAGGCCUCGAAGAGCAAGAGGUCAAGGGCUUCAACAGAGGAGCCCACUCCAAACUCGAAGCCAUGCAGAUGGCUGAGAGCGAGAGUGCAAUGGAGAGCCAUUCGCUGCUGAAUCCAAACCUGCAGAACAGCGAGGGCGUGCUGUCCAGCUUUCGCUCCACCUGGCAGGAGUUUGUGGAGGACUUGGGCUUCUGGAGGGUGCUGCUGCUGCUGGUGGUCAUCGCCCUGCUUUCUUUGGGCAUUGCUUACUAUGUCAGCGGCGUGCUGCCUUUUUCUGCAAGCCAGCUGGAGUUGGUCCACUGAGGGCCAGAUUGUGUUAUAUCUCGGGGGCCAGUCGAGUCCCGCUUUGAACUGAAGGGGAGGUUUGAGUGGACUCUGAAGGUACACUGAAGGUUCCUCAUAGUACAAGAUUAGGUCUAACGGGAAGUUUAGAAACAAUCUUGUUAUUCUCACAGGUGAGGUCGAGCGACGGCGUUCACAUGAUGAGGGCUGAACUAUGAAGGAAGACUGAAAGGUUAAGGUAUUUAUGGGAGAAAAUGAUAGAAGGUCCUCAGAUACACCUCAAGUGAUGUAAACCCAUUUCUCACAGACCUUCCCAUGACCACUGAACCCGGCCAACUGGUUGAACGGUAGACAUAUACACGUAUAUUAAUUUGUAAGGUGACGUAAGCAACAUUAGAGGACUGUUGUAGAUCAGGCAUGAUUUUUUCUUUCUAGGAUUAACACAUUUUCUUUUAUAUCAUCUUUAUUUUUGUCUGUAUAUGAAGUCUGUAUUGUGUAAGUAUUACAGUACCAGUUAAUACACACGUAUGCUUAUUUACACAUCUAUAAUUACACAGUUUGCAUUGUUACAUGAGAUAUUGUUUAAAGUAAUAUGUAAUAGGUUACAUAUAUCAAUAAACGGCCAUCAGGAA